AUGAGAAUUUUUCAAAGUGCACAGCGAAUUUUGUUUUUGAAUGGAUCGAUUAAUGGAUUAACACUAAGGGCAGCUUCUGACCAGGCUCAAGUUUUAGCCAAAGUCACCGAUGAUGCCGUUGUUGAAGCUCGACCGUAUAAGGAGAUACCACGCCCCAGUAAAUUUGAGUUCUUCAGGGCUUUUUUGCCUGGCGGAGAAUUUCACGAUGUGUCCAUAGUGGACUAUGCAGUGGCGAUGAGAAAUCGUUAUGGUGAUAUAUUUAUAAUGCCUGGAAUGUUUGGUCGCCAGGAUAUGGUCACAACUUUCAGUACCAAAGACAUGGAGAUGGUUUUCCGCAAUGAGGGAGCCUGGCCCCAGCGAGACGUCUUCCCUUCGAUGACAUAUUACCGGACUCACCUAAGAAAAGAUUUCUAUGGGGGAAAUGUGGGAAUAGUGUCCGCGCAAGCGGAGGCUUGGGGUAAAAUGCGAUCGGCCCUCAAUCCAAUUUUCAUGCAACCCAAGGGCUUGAGAGUCUAUUACGAACCACUUUCUGACAUCAACAAUGAGUUUAUUGAGCGAAUCAAAGAAAUUCGAGAUGCCAAGACCCUAGAAGUUCCCGAUAACUUUGUGGAGGAAAUAAACCGACUGAUUUUCGAUUCCCUUGGUUUGGUGGCCUUCGAUCGCCAAAUGGGUCUGAUCAGUCGGAAUCGAAAUAAUCCCGAUGCCCUGAGACUGUUCGAUGUAACCAAAGAAGCUCUCAAAUGCAUCUUCAAGGUGGAUUUCCAACCGUCGAUGUGGAAAUACAUUUCGACGCCAACAUUUAGGAAAAUGAUGCGACUGCUCGACGAGAGUUUGGAGGUGACGCAGAGGUUGCUGAAGGAAACCCAGGACGACUUGGAGAAACGUCGCCAGGCAGGCGAACAGAUAAAUAGCAACAGCAUGUUGCAGCGGAUGAUGAAGGUGGAUCCCAAACUGGCGACGGUCAUGAGCUUGGACACCUUGUUUGCCGGAGUCGAUACCACCUCCAAUCUUUUGUCGUCUGUACUCCUUUGUCUGGCGAAGAAUCCAGAGAAGCAGGGAAAGCUGCGGGAGGAACUGCUGAAGAUUAUGCCCACCAAGGAUUCGCCUCUCAACGAGGAGACCAUGAAGGAUAUGCCCUAUUUGAGAGCAGUGAUUAAAGAAGCCCUGCGCUACUAUCCCAAUGGAUUGGGAAACUUUCGCGUUUGUCCCACCGACGUCACUCUAUCCGGUUUCAAAGUGCCAAAGGGCAGCAAUGUCAUUCUCGGAUCGAAUGUCCUGUUGCAGGAUAACAGCUACUAUCCGGAAGCUGAGAAGUUCCUGCCCGAACGCUGGCUAAGGGAUCCCGAGACGGGAAAGAAGACCCCCUUCAAUGCCUUCAGCUUCUUGCCAUUCGGCUUUGGACCUCGCAUUUGUAUUGGCAAACGAUUGGUGGACCUGGAAAUCGAGACGAGUGUGGCCAAGUUAAUAAGGAACUUCAAUCUGGAAUUUAACUACGAUGCCAGUCGCCCCUUCAAGAGUACCAUCCUAAUGGAACCGGCCAUUCCUUUCCGCUUUAAGGUCACCGAUAUCGAUCAUUAA